GAAAAUACAACAUUGUAAAGUGAAAAAAAAAAGACAUGUUAAAGGGUCUUGUUAUCUCACAUCUUAUGGAAAUCCCUUUCCCUUUUUCCCCACACUUAACUUUCAGUAAAACAAUAAUUUCUCAAAAAAAAAAAAAGACAUAUGGUGAUGCCCUGAGAAGCAGUAUGUCUGCUGUAGAUUACACGCCCACUAAAACAUAGCUGUCACCAUCACUGCCAUCAUCAUCACUAUUACGAUCACCCCAGAGACAAGCCCGCACCAGUGACUGGGAUGAUGGAAGCUGACAUCUGUUCGGUGCUCACCACAACAUGCCAGGCUCCAUUCUAAGCCUCUGACAUAUAUUAAUGGUUUAAUCUACACAAGAACCCUAUGAGAUCGGUGCUACAAUUAUCCUUGUUUUACAGAUGAGAAAGCACACAUACAGAGGGUUUAAGUCACUUGCCACAAAUCGUGGAGUUAGUGAGUGACAGGGCCAGCCCUGAACCCCGGCUCCAGAGCCCACGCUCUCCAUCACUGCAUCGCACUUCCUGCCCUUACAAGGCAAACUGGAUGAGUGCCAUUCUAGAGGAGCAGAUAAAAUUCAAGUGGAGGAUCAGGGAGAAGAUGAUGAAGUCUGCUAGGGUCUGGUUAGGACAUCCCCUCUGAGGCUGCCGAGGAGCAAAGCAGGCAGACAGUCGUGGAAUUUGCUCCUCAUUUGUGUACUGGCCCAGCAGCGCUGCUAACGGAGCUAAAGGCAUCUUUUGUGCUGUUGCUCAACAGUGAGUGACGUCAUGGGCACUGCUAGGUUUUUAUCAGUUCUGCCAGAUAAUAGCUAACCAUACUUGUUGUGGAGGAGUCGGCAAGGUGCCGAGCAGCAGAGCACUCUCAAACCAGCAGUGGCCAUGACCAUGGACACCAGCCCAGACAGGUCCUCCUUCCCCGGCAAUCACUGGCUCUACUUCUCCGUGUACCUCUUCACCUUCCUCCUGGGGCUCCCCCUCAACCUGGUGGCCCUGGCGAUCUUCGUGAGCAAGCUCCGGCACCGCCCGGUGGCCGUGGACGUGCUCUUGCUGAACCUGACCCUCUCGGACCUGCUCCUGCUGCUCUUCCUGCCCUUCCGCAUGGUGGAGGCGGCCAGUGGCAUGCACUGGCCCCUGCCCUUCAUCUUCUGCCCCUUGUCCGGAUUCCUCUUCUUCACCACCAUCUAUCUCACGUCUCUCUUCCUGGCAGCUGUGAGCAUUGAACGCUUCCUGAGUGUGGCCCACCCUGUGUGGUACAAGACCCGGCCGAGGCCGAGGCAGGCUGGCCUGGUCAGCGGGGCCUGCUGGCUCCUGGCCGCCGCUCACUGCAGUGUGGUCUACGUCACCGAGUUCUCGGGGAACUCUUCCCACAGCUCAGGUAUCAACGGGACCUGCUACCUGGAAUUCCGGGAGGAUCAGCUGGCCCUUCUCCUGCCUGUCCGGCUGGAGAUGGCUGUGGUCCUUUUCGGGGUGCCCCUGCUCAUCACCAGCUAUUGCUACAGCCGCCUGGUGUGCAUCCUUGGCAGGGGAGCCAGCCAUCGCCGGCGGAAGAGGGUGGCGGGCCUCGUGGCAGCCACGCUGCUCAACUUCCUCGUCUGCUUUGGGCCCUACAAUGUGUCCCAUGUCAUUGGCUACAUCCAAGGCAAAAGCCCGGCGUGGAGAGGUUACGUGCUGCUUCUCAGCACCCUGAAUUCCUGCGUCGACCCCCUUGUCUACUACUUCUCAUCAUCUGGGUUCCAAGCUGACUUCAAGGGGCUGUUGGGGAGGUUGGCUGGGGCCUGGGGCUCUUGGAGGCAGCAAGGCUGUGUGAAACUGAAGAAGAAUGAAGGAGAGGGGCCGCCGCAGGAGCUGUCCAACAUAGAGACCAGGUAGUGGACUCCAGGAGGGCGCUGGAGCGGGCGGCCGGGUGGACUGGGCUGAAAGGCAGAUCAUUCCUGGGAGCAGUUCCUCACUCAAGUCAGGUGGGACCUUGGAGGGGCAGGCUGGGGACUGACGCAGUCUGGGGCAGAGGUGGCCCCCAGCUUUCCUCAGGAUGUGCUCACCGAAAUCCAGCUCUCCAUCUCACCACACUCCUCCCUUCCCAUCCCCCCACAUUCGGCCCUGGGAAGUAGUCAAGGUGAAAGAGGGCUCUGGAGGAAACUGAGCUCUCCGGGGCAGCAGGCCAGCUCCUGCACUUUUCUGAAGGUAAAGGAGGAGGUGAGAACAGUGUCCAGGGUCCAGAGGAGCUGCCCAGUGACCUGGGACAGGAGAGAGGCAGAAUCUACCCCCACAGAACUAGUGACCCAGCAGAUCAGGAGUGGGGACAUGGGCUGUAGGCACAAAAGAGCAUCCUGCUCUCACGUGGGCCUGUCCAGAAAAUUCCCACUGUUCAGUAAAUUCAGAUUUUCAAGGACAUUUAUGAAAAACGAUAGAAGAAAAAUCACCUAAAUAAAUUUGGCAGCAUGCAA